UCAAAAUAGUUGUUUGGUUUCAUGAGAAUGGACUCAAACAAGCCUUACCUGGCUGCUAUUCUCUGCCAAAUCGCUUUUGCUGGGAUGAGUCUAUUGUCAAAGGCUGCCUUUGCAUCUGGUAUGAAUGUUUAUAUCUUCCUUUUCUACAGGCAAGCUGUUGGAACUCUCUUCUUGCUGCCCAUCACCAUAUUUUUCAAAAGACAGGAAAUAGCAAGCUUAUCAGUAGGAGUGGUGUUCAAGAUUUUCAUGCAGGCCAGUUUAGGGUUUACACUGGCUUUGAAUGUUUAUGGGUUAGGCGUUAAAUAUACUUCUGCAACUUUGGGUGCUGCAGCCUUCAAUUGUCUCCCUGUCACCACCUUCUUCUUUGCUCUUAUUUUCAGGAUGGAGGAAGUAAAGAUAAGGAAAGCAAGUGGAAUGGCAAAGGUUGGAGGCAUAAUUGUGUGCAUUGCAGGCGUUGCAGUGCUUGCAUUUUACAAAGGCCCAUACAUGAAGCCAUUCUUCAAGCAUCAUCUUUUUGAAGCCCAUGAGUCUCAUGUUUCUUCCCCCAAAACAUGGAUUCUUGGUUGUUUUUUGCUUCUCUUCGCUUGCAUUUCAUGGGGUUUGUGGUUUGUUCUUCAGGCAUUGAUUUUGAAGACGGGCUCAUCGCCACUCGUGUUAACGUGUGGACAAACAUUGUCAAGCGCUUUGCAGUCGUUUGUUGUGGCCAUUGCAGUGGAACGAAACACUUUUGAGUGGCAGCUCGGUUGGAACAUUCGCCUCGUUUCUGUUCUUUAUUGCGGAACUUUUGUAAUAUGCAUUGCAAACUUUCUGUCAAGUUGGGUCAUAAAAAAGAAGGGCCCUGUUUUCCAAGCUGUUACCACACCCUUGAACCUCAUUUUUACACUCAUUGGUUCACAGUUGCUGUUGAACGAUGGAGUUAGCUUGGGGAGUGCCAUAGGCGCCAUGUUGCUGGUUUUGAGCCUUUACAGCGUUCUAUGGGGAAAAAGGAAGGAGAUGAGUUGCAGCGAUGAAGAAACCAAGAACCAUCCUUCUGUUCCACCCCAAAAGGAAAUUAUAGAUCACAUCUGAAUUCCAACCGCAUCCAUUCAGAAUUCACGUCUCGAAUUCUUGAAUCUCGGUUUUUUUUUUUUUUUUUAUCUAAUGCUUCAAAUGAAUUGAUGGUAAGGUUCGGUACACAUGGUAAUAAUUCUUUUUGGUCCUCAUUUAAUCUCGAUACAAUAUCGGGUAAAUAUAGGAAGAGACUAAAACGA